AAGGCGGGAGGCGGCGGUGGCGGCGGUCGGGGUCAUCGCCUGCCCGCCGGCUUUUACCCCCCCUUUCUUGCCGGCCCGUCGUUCGUAGCCGCCCGUUAAAAAGAGGAGGCAAGAUGGCCGAGCUGGGGAGCAAGGGGGUUACCGCCGGGAAAAUCGCCAGCAACGUCCAGAAGAAGCUGACCCGGGCGCAGGAGAAGGUCCUUCAGAAGCUUGGGAAAGCAGAUGAAACAAAAGAUGAGCAGUUUGAACAGUGCGUGCAGAACUUCAACAAACAGCUGUCCGAAGGUACGAGGCUGCAGAAGGACCUCCGAACUUACUUGGCUUCCGUAAAAGCCAUGCACGAGGCCUCCAAGAAGCUGACAGAGUGUUUACAGGAAGUUUAUGAGCCGGAUUGGCCUGGGAGAGAUGACACAAAUAAAAUAGCAGAGAACAAUGAUCUUCUCUGGACAGAUUUCCAUCAGAAGCUGGUGGAUCAGGCACUUCUGACCAUGGAUACGUACCUUGGCCAGUUUCCAGAUAUUAAAUCUCGUAUAGCAAAGCGAGGAAGGAAGCUUGUGGAUUACGACAGUGCCAGGCACCACUUCGAAGCCCUGCAAACUGCAAAGAAGAAGGACGAAACCAAAAUCGCAAAGCCUGUUUCGCUGCUUGAGAAAGCCGCGCCUCAGUGGUGUCAAGGGAAGCUACAAGCUCACCUCGUUGCGCAAACUAAUCUGCUCCGAAAUCAGGCUGAAGAAGAGUUAGUAAAGGCUCAGAAGGUGUUUGAAGAGAUGAACGUUGAUCUGCAGGAGGAGCUGCCUUCACUAUGGAACAGUCGUGUUGGUUUCUACGUCAACACAUUCCAGAGUAUAGCAGGCCUAGAAGAGAACUUUCAUAAAGAAAUGAGCAAGUUGAACCAAAACCUCCAUGAUGUCCUGCUGGGUCUAGACAAGCAGUACUCAGGCAAUGCCUUCCCUGUUAAAGCACAGCCCAGAAAGAAAACUAAACUGUUCGCCAGGCUGAGGAAAAAGAUGAGCAGGUACCGUGACAGCACCCCAGCGAAAGCAAAUAAAAGCCCCUCGCCUCCACCAGAUGGAUCUCCCAUCACCAGCCCUGAGACCAAGACUGUGAACCAUGAGCUGGAACCGUCCACUUUGGAAGCGCCUGGUGCAAGCAUCCCAAAGUCACCGUCUCAGUUGAGGAAAGGGCCUCCGGUGCCUCCGCCUCCAAAAGUCACCCCCUCCAAGGAGAUCAAGCAGGAGAACAUCAUCAGUCUCUUUGAUGACAAUUUUGUCCCCGAGAUAAGUGUGACAACCCCUUCGCAGUUUGAUGCCCCUGGGCCUUUCCAGGAGGGAGCCAGCCUGUUGGAUCUGGAUUUUGAUCCCAUUAAACCAGAUGCCACUGUGGGGAAGACCCCCACACCUGCCUCCCAGUCUUUACCUUGGGAUUUAUGGGAGCCUGCAGAAGCAGCCCAUGCAGGAGCUGAAGCAGCUGGAUCAGAAGCAGCAGCUGGAGCUGAAGCAUCUAAAACUGAAGCCGAUUCAGGAUCGAGCUCUCUGCCUGCUGUUGUCGUGGAAACUUUCCCUCCUACUGUCAAUGGCACUGUGGAAGGAGGCGCUUCAUCUGAAAGAGCUGACAUGCCCCCAGGAUUUCUGUUCAAGGUCCAGGCCAUGCAUGAUUAUACGGCCACCGACAGUGAUGAGCUGCAGCUGAAGGCUGGGGAUGUGGUGCUUGUGAUUCCAUUUGAGAACCCUGAGGAGCAGCUGGAUGUGGGUGCAACAGCCAUGAACUUGAGACUCUCCAAGCUGCAGAGGGACGAAGGAUGGCUGAUGGGUGUGAAGGAGUCUGACUGGAUUCAGCGUAAGGAACUUGACCAAUGCCGAGGGGUUUUCCCAGAGAAUUUCACAGAGCGGGUGCAGUGAAAGCCCAAGCCCACCAGCUGCAUUUCUGCUGGAAGAAAGCAAGUUUUCUGGUAGAUAAUUGAAAAAGAACAGCGGAAUGAAAAGAAGAGAGAAUUUUAAAGGAACAGAAGCCUGAAAAAAAAGUCAACUUAAACAGUGUGUUCUUCUCAAAGGGCAAGGUUUCAGAAGUAAAUUGAAAUUCAAAGUGUUAUCAAAAUAUAUACAUAUUAAUAAUAAUAAGGCAAGUCAAAUACCCUCUUCCGCCUUUGGUUUUAACAGCAUUUGGAAUCAGAGGACUGAUGCAGAAGCAACUGAGUGUGGUUCUCUAAAUACUGCAUUGACUGAAUUGGCGAGAUGUCAGUUUGAUCCCUGGAAAGGCAGUAUUUGUCUAAUGGCUUGAGAGUAGAAAGCUGCAUUUGCUCUUGGGUGGGUUCAUCUGUUUUGUCUUGAAGGUGGCUUGCAUGGCAACCAUAAAAAUUCAGCCUUCCCUAUAUGUUCAACCUACAGUAGGCCAACCUUUCUGUUAUGCUGUUGAAAAAAAUAUUUAGUGUAUAGUGUUCACCAAUACAAUGUAUGUGUGUGUGCGCGUUUGUGUGUAUUUUAUUUUCUUCCUUUAAAACAAUGUUACACAAACUGUGAUUUUGUACAUGUAAAGAUAGAACAAACGACAUGGAAAGGGCAUGGAGAAGAUGAAAUGUAUGAAGCUGUGCUCAGUCCAAAGUUCUUUCAAAUGCAGACACCUAAAUUCUUGCAGUAGUAUUGGCCUGUGAAAUACUAAGGGGAAUGGACAAAUACAAGAGGAAAAACAAGACAAAACAAGCAGAUGCCAUUUAGAUGGCUCUGAAAUUUAGAAGAGGGAAUCCUCUGCCCCCCAAACCCUGUAAGCGGUUUCAGAAAAACUUAGAUUCAUGUAGAUGGAAGAUAGCUCUAAAAUCUGGCUGGUUAGAAAAUCUGCUUUUAAAAAAAGAGAUUGGGGAAGAAAAUUUUUGUUCUGAAAGAAUGUCUAAGAAAAAACACUGAGGAAAAAACAAUUUGCUUUCUGUGGUUUUAGUUGGCUUUGUUAUUUGUGGAAUUAUAUUUCUUAUUUUCCUUUGAAGAGUUCUGUAAGUGAAAUACUGUUAGAUCAGCUUUCUCCAGUGCUGUGCUGGUGAUCAAGUUAACCUCUACGAAAACUGGACUCUUGAAAUACUCAUUUAAAAUGGCUGCAUGACUUCAUGAUAUUUUAAUGCAUUAGAAAGGAAGGCAAGAAUAUCAAAGUGUCAGUGUCAAGAAGACACUGCAGUCUAAUACUGAUACUGAGACCUUUCCUAUACCUUUCCUUUGCUCCUGUUUUGUUUUUGAGUUUUGUUUUUUAGUUUAAACAAGCAGAUGACAAGGCUGUUUCAAAGUACAUAUUACACUUGUUAAAAUAAGCCCAUCUGACCCUCCAAGACCCUAAAGUCCCACAAAGGUACUUUAAACUUUACUUGAAUACUGACGCAGCUGGCAAGCAGGUUGGGCUAUUAUAAUUUUUUUAUGGCUUUCCCCCUGCGCCGUGCCCCACCCUGCCCCCCAAUCUUUUUGCCUUGAAGGGAUUUUUAACAGUGAGGUUACCUCCUGCUGUAAAGGGACAGGAUGACUCUCUGAAAUAAUCUUCCUCACUGUUAGGAGCUGGCUUUUGUCAAAGAUACGUGGAAUGCUGACACACACUACUGAAAAUCUCACCUUUUCCAAUCUGCUUUGAUUAUUUGUAGGACAACAGAAGAAACAUUGUAGGGCAAAAUGGAUUUUUUUUUUUUUUUUUUUUUUUUUUUUACUUUUAGUUCAGAAGGACAGACCAGAUUUUGAUUAGAGAAUAUAUUCUUAUAUAUGCAAGAUUUGCUGGAGUUCCUCCUGCCUUCAGCUUGGGAGAUGAUCUGUGCUAGUUAUUUACAGCAAUGUAACAGGCAUCAAAAUCUGUCCUACAUGCCCAAAUCCCUUCUCUUAUUUUUCUGUGUUUUUUGGUUUUGUUUUUUUUUUAAAUAAAUGUGCAGAAAUUUACAUUUUACAUUGCUGUUACAAAACCCAAUAGUAUUUAGGAGUAACUGCUCACAAUACAGAAGGACUGGACUCCACAAGUUACAGUAUGGUGAGCCGUUGCUUUAGAAUACUGCCCUGUCUGAUUACCCCCCCCGGGGUUGUCUUUACUAUUACUUUUUUUUUUUCCAAAAAAUCUAUUUUUAUGCAUUUGUGACUCCCAUUUAAAGAAUAUUCAUAGAAAAAUUAUACAUAGAAAUAUAUAUAUUAAAAAGCGGGUUGAUCCAAUUAACAUAAUGCUGUCAGCUUAAAAUGUUUAUUUUUAUGCAAAACCUGUGGAUUAUUGUUUGUUUGGUUUUUUUUUUAAAAAGACAAGAUUCUAAGCACCAGAGCUGUGAUUUUUUUUUUUUUUUUUUUUUUUUGUCUUGCAAGUAAUUGUUCUAGAGCAUUUAGAAGGCUGUGCUGAUAGCUAAUUUAUUGUGGGGUUUUUUUGCUGUUGUUGUUGUCUUCUGCUGUGUUUGAACCAGAUGACUGUUCCAGCAAAGAUCCCCGUAAGGCCUUUUCAUUUUAUUGAGCUUGCAAAGCAACUCUCCAGUACUGUAUUGUCCCUGCAGAAGUGGCAACACUCUGCAAAAAAGGGAUGUUGUUUUCAGGUCACAUGAGUGAUGGUCAAAUAUUGCUAUUGGGAAGGAUGUUGCAUCCCUCUCCAUUUUCUUUCCCCCAACCCCCAAGGCCCCUUGCUUUAGACCAGAUAGGGUGGGUUGCCUGGAUCUUGCAUUGUUCGCAAAUAAGUGGUGUCAGCACAUCUCAGAUUCUGAAAAUGCAAGAUAGGACCCACAGUUUAUAAAUUGCCUUAUAUGAGAGUAGGAUGACAUAGCAGGAAGCUUGUAGAUGGCAGUGUUUUCUGGAGCCAGGAGAUCUCUUAUCUCCUGGGUCAUGGUCAGCCCAUUGUAAACAGCCACAACUUAUCCCAUUUUCAGUAUUUUUACAUCUGCUAAAUACCUUGAUUCUGGUCGGUAUUACCUGGUGAAAUGAACUUCCCAUUUUCUUUGGCUUAGGAUUGAUUCAAAUAGGAAGAGGGACAGUAAACUCCUAAGUAGGCUGUGCCCACAGUGGUUUUUCAGUUUGCGGGCUGAACUGAAAAAUCUGGGGAAAAAAGUUGUAAGGGUCACCUGCAGUUGUAAGGGGGGUGACCUGAGACUUUUUUUUUUUUUUCCAUUUUCUCAGUGGAAUGAAAAAGGGAAAAAUUGAAACAUUUAAAAAAAAAAAAAAUCUUUUCAAACCAAACCGAAGCAUUCAUUUGUAGGUUUGCUUUUUCACUUUUUUAAAAACAUUAUGACUUGGGCUACAGUAAGUUGCUUUGGAGCAAAGAUGUGAAACCUUCUGUUUUGAAAAUGCUGAAAGAAAAUGUUUUAAUGUUAAUAGUCUUUUUGCCUUUGCCUUUUUUUCUUAAUCUGAUGACUGGUUUCAGUUAACCCUAAACUGCAUUUUUUGGUGAAUACAUUAUCCACUGAAGAGAACCCAAAGAAGCCUAUUGCUCAGUUCUGCUCCACUGACAGGUACACUGGACACAUUUCGGGGAUUACCUGGUAUCUGGCCCAGUAAAGCUACUGUUUCCCCAUCUAAUAAUUUUCCACUUGAUUGUUUUACCGGGUGAACAAUAAAAGCAUCUCUCAUCCCAUGCCAUUGACUGGUUUUGUAGCCUGGCUUAGAAAGACAUUGUUGCUCUAUCGGUCUCAGUUUGGUCACAGAUUUAUGACUAUAGAUUUAUGAUGCUACUCCAAUUUGAGCCUAAUCCCAUUGUGCAGUGGGAAUUAUCAUUUCCCCAACUGAUAAGAAAGAAAUAAGGCAUUGCUUUUUCUCCCUUUUUCUAUCUUAGCAGUGUCAGUAAUAUAUCUUUAUUAGACAGAAUUAGGGAAAGGUCCCAGGGUAAAGAUGAAUGUGUUGUUCCAGGCAAGACCCCUGCAUACUCUGUGCUACUUUCCAUGGGCAUUCCUCAACUGUCUGCUUUACCACCUUUGCAUUUCUUGGCUGUGAAGGUGAUGCAGUAAAAGGGAUUGUGCAGGCUUCAUUCCAGCUGCUCAGGGCUAGUCCUGCUUUGUGAUCUGUUUGCCACAAUCCUUGAAGCUUUGUUCACAGUUGCAGAACCCUUUCCUGUCCCACUAUCCAAAGACUGUGGCCAAGGCAAACACCCCCAAGUCAAAAGGUUGUCUCUUUUACGACCUGGAGCACGUGUGAGGGCUCCAUAUUCUGCCUGCAGUUGGGAUGUCAGCUCAGUUAAGUUUUGCAAUAGCCUCUUGAAGGGAAAAGGCCCAAGGCUAAGGAGAUGCUGGGGGAGGAUGGAGGGAUGAUACAUUAUCUUCUUCAUUUUGGGUUGAUGUGCUGACUGCCUCAUCUCUUGGUUCCAGGGAGGUCCAGAACCUCCUUAUUUAGGGCUGAGAACAAAAUGUGAGUGGUCAAGAUGUGCAUAGUCAAUACAAUAACAGGUCUCUCUCUCUUGCAAAGGACACUGAGUUCAAGAGUUUCCUCUUUCCUGCGCUGUGCCAGACAGAUUGAUGCUCUCUGCCACUAUUGUAGAUGUUUUGGAUGCUGUGUAGUCCAUACCCCAAAACAGUAAAUAUCCUUUGCUGGAGGAUGCAGAGGUGUCUCAGCCCUUUCUAGAAGGAGCUACUGAUCUUCCACAGACAAGGCCUGGGUGCUUCUGGCACAGUAGCCUCUCUGUCUUUCAGCAUCUGCCCCCACUCUCCAGCUCCUCCUGUUUACCAGCCUCUCCCAUGCUCUUUGAGGAUGACGGUAGCAUAGGGCACUUCCCACCAGCCUAAAGUGCAAAGCUAGAAGAUGCACAAAUGUGUCCAUCAGCAAAUCCUAUGCAGUGCAGCUUGAUAAUGCCGGUAUUGGGGAAAACAGCUUUUCUUCUCUGGGCUGCCAAAGGGAAGCUAUUCCUUGCCACACAGGUACCAUCACACCUGGCACUGAUGCAGACACCUCUCUUCUUGCAUGCUCUGGUUUAGACAUUUCUGAGUAGCAAACUCCUGAUGGAAAGGGGUCCUGUGUGGUGCCCAGGGCUGGAUUGUGCCACCAGCCCUUGCAAAGCUUGGGGUCUGUAGCUGACACACAGGGGCUGAGAAUUAGAAAGCUGUUUCAGAAAUUUUGUUUAUGAAACUAAGUGGAGAAGCUACAGCUGUGAAGACUGGUCUGUAUGAACUUGUACUUUGAUGUGUCUUAUGGCUAUAAUUCCUUCACCUGUUUUUACAGCGUAUUCUGCUAAUCCUGUCCCUAGUCUGCAUUUCAUGUAGAUGGUCCCUACUUGAAACUUGCCAGAUGCAGUCCUGGGUUAUUGCUUCUCUUUAACUGAAUCAAAUGGCAACGACUUUGGCAAUGUGUUUGCAAUCUCUUUUCCUUCUGUUAAUUCAGUCUCUGAGUUUAACCACAAUGACCUGAGAAAUGUUUGGGUUUUGAGUGUUUUUUUAAUUAUUUUAAUUUUUGUUUUGUUUAAACAAAGCUGAACAAUUUCUGUUGUAUUCAGAGCUGUGACGCCCAGUUCCAGUGACAAGUACUAGAUGGAUUUGUCCCAUUUUGUUUCUUGGCAAUGUUCAGAAAUAUAAUUUGUGUCAUCUUAA